AUGGUAUUCUACUUACAGCUUGAGUGUCAUCUGAUAUAUAAAUUCAGGAUAUUUUAAAGAUUUAAAUUUGAAUAUUCUAUCAAACAAUUAAUUAAUUUUUUUCCAGAUAUGUUCCUCCAAAAUCGAGUGCUGAAGUUGAGGCUUGGAUUGGUUUGGAUAUUGAUCGAAACAAUCUGAAAGUUGAUCUUGUCAAAGAAGAACUCGAUAAACAACAUUGUCUGAUUGAUGUUUUGCAUUCAAAAGUUAGUUUACUUUUUUUUAUUCAUCUCUCAAGGUCAAUUGCAAAAAAAUAUUUAUUUAUAUAUUUUACACCAAAAUAACCAUGAAAAAUAAUUUGGAACAACAACAAACAAUUUUUUGUAGAUCAUUGAAAAUCAUGAUCGUGGAUUUGAAACAAAUGAUUUGGAUAGUCAAUUAUGGCAAGUUCAAAAUAAUAUAACAACAUUGAAAAGAAGAGUGAAAACAUUGAAUGAGGGUCAAAGUGGAAGUUGUGUUAACUCGAGAUGUAUUGAAAUAUAUGAAGAAAAACAAUUGAUGGCAACACAAGGAAUGUUGAAAGAAGAUAUUCGAGACGAAAAACGAAAUAUUUCCGAAAUGUGCUGGAAAAUUGAAAAGAAUUUUUCGGAAUCUGAAAAAUUAUCAGAAAAAGAUCAAAAAGAAGAAGAAAUGUGGAAAGAAAAGUGAGACAUUAUUUAAAAUUUGAAAAAAAAACAUGUUUUCAGAUGUGUCCUUGAAGAAGCUGCUCGAUCAUCGCUCGUCGAAGAAAUUUCGAAAUUAAGAAGUUCUUGUGCAUCUCUUCGUGCUCGCCUUGAAAUGAUAUCCACUGAAAUUUAG